CGGUGACAUACAAACACGUCGACAUGGAGAAGAUAAACAGACAAGUAGCUCCGUCGUUGUUUACCUCCAAAAUGAGCUUUUAAAUGUUCAUAAAACACAGGUUUUUGUUCCAUUUAUAUUGAAUUAAGUUGCGUUUUAUUGAAGCUACGUUCCCAGGGGAAAAGCUAAUGGUCGAGACAACAUGGAGAGUGGUCUGAGUCCCCAGGAUAAAAAAGACUUAGACAAGUUCAUUAAGUUCUUUGCCUUAAAGACUGUCCAGGUGAUUGUCCAAGCGCGUCUUGGAGAGAAGAUAUGCACUCGGUCGUCCUCAUCACCCACUGGCUCUGACUGGUUUAAUUUGGCCAUCAAAGACAUCCCAGAGGUGACUCAUGAAGCUAAAAAGGCACUGGCUGGACAACUUCCAGGCAUCGGGCGCUCCAUGUGCGUCGAGAUCUCCCUGAAGACGUCAGAGGGUGACUCAAUGGAGUUGGAGACAUGGUGUCUGGAGAUGAACGAGAAGUGUGAUAAGGACAUCAAGGUGUCGUACACAGUCUACAACCGUCUGUCUGUCCUCCUGAAGUCCCUGCUGGCCAUCACCAGAGUAACACCCGCCUACAAACUGUCCAGAAAGCAGGGACACGACUAUGUGAUAUUAUACAGGAUUUACUUCGGGGAAGUCCAGCUGAGUGGAUUAGGAGAAGGUUUUCAAACGGUGCGUGUCGGUGUUGUUGGCACACCUGUUGGCACGGUCACCCUGUCAUGUGCUUACCGCACCAAUUUGGCAUUCAUGUCCAACAGACAGUUUGAGAAGUCGGCUCCUAUCGUGGGGAUCAUCGUGGAUCACUUUGUGGAUCCUCCCGGCAUCGGACACCGUAAUGCAAACAUGGGACAUCCCUGCAACUACAGAGCUCCAGAUGAUGAGGACGGAGGGUAUGCAGGCGUUCAGGAUUCCCAGGAGGUCUGCACCACCUCCUUCUCCACCUCCCCUCCCUCACAGUGUGUGUGUACACUGAGUCCCUCGCCCUGUAAACUGUCUAAGCCCCUCCCUCUGGACAGUCUGCCACUUCCAUUGGCUCCUGGACUUGUCACUCACACUCUGUACGCUUCCAGGUUUUCCUAUCAUCCUCCAGCUGGAGCUGUUGAGCUGUGUCCCCCCGCUGGAAACCAGGCGUUGCAUGCUGUGAAGGAACACGGAGGAGUUGUGCUGGUUCCUGCUCAGCCUCUUCAUGGAGCUGAUGCUCAUCUCACAGUAGAACAAGCCGCCAACACUCCUGGCAGCAGUGGUGAUGACGAUGGCCUGACGCACAGUGGAGAAAGAAGGAGGGAUGAAGGGCGGAGGAGCAUCUCCCCCUCCGACCCUGUGGAGUCGCUCAACGCCUUCACGAGGAAAAUUGGAGCCUUUGUCAAUAAACCCACCACACAGAUAACGGCAGCCAGUCUGGAUCUGCCGUUUGCUGCAUUUGCUCCUCGAGGCCUGGACUCAGAGGAGAAUGAUCCCAUGGUGCAGCCUCCAGACUCUCCCCCCUGCCCGUCCCCUCUGCAGGCCAGCCUCCACUCUCAGGGCUCGGAGGGGUCGGGACAGCAGGACGACUUUGUUAUGGUCGACUUUCGUCCAGCCUUCUCUAAAGACGACCUGCUGCCCAUGGAUCUGGGCACUUUCUACAGAGAGUUUCAAAACCCUCCACAACUGGCCAGCCUAUCCCUUCACAUCAGCGCCCAGUCGAUGGCCGAUGACCUGGACUCACUGCCAGAGAAACUUGCCGUCUACGAGAAAAACAUCGACGAGUUUGAUGCUUUUGUGGACAUGCUCCAGUAAAAGAGAAGUGGUGAAAACAGGAACACUACAUUUGAGAUACAACUUAAUGGAUGGUGGCAAAAAAAUAAGAAUGAAAGGGAGAAGCAAACUGCAGACUCUGUAGUCAUGUGUCCUGUGAGAAUCUGACUUAAAUCACAAUAUUUCAAUGUGAAGCUCCUCAUUUCUGACAUCUUCCUCUCUUACCUUCCCGUCAGGCACUUUCACUUGUACAGAUCACUGUAAAUAUUGUAUUAUCUCAUCUGACACUGACAUACACCCAUCUCUGCUCUGGUAUUGUUAAUUUAAACUAACAAUCUUUGUUUUCUAUGUGGAACAAAUCUGCUCAAAUUAUCAGUGUUUUAAUCAGGAUUUAAAAUCCAUUUAGUCACUUAGACAGCCAUGCAAUUCAAGGACAGACUGCCUGCACUCAUGAUGGAUUGUAUAGCUCACUAUAAUUGAUUCAUCCUCCAUCCUGAACACUACUAGCCUAUGAAGGUUUCCCCUACAUCAUGGCCUUUGCGAUCAUAACUACAGGUGGGCGUAGGCGAUCACUGACUCAAACAUGGACUCUGUGUGGAAGAUUUGUCUUGAGCUGGUCUUUGCAAAUAGGUUGCACUUCUGUAGGAUAUCAUGUAGAAAUGUGAGAAGCCUGUCAUUAAUGUAGCGAGGUGUUCCCAGCUGGUCUGGAGAUUAAAACUGCCAAGGUCAUUGUUAGCAAACGGGCCAAAAUGGAAUCAAGAGAAGUACCUGCUAUCCUUUAUGUGUAAAGAAAAGAUGUUUCCAUGCUAAAGCAGCUUAUCUGAACUUCACUGUUGCCAGUAUAGGCCAUAAAACAUGGAUAUGUAUAUUCCAAAUUGUUUUUGUAAAAUUAGAAAAACGCAUUUCCAUCUCUCUACAGAGGAGGCCGUUGUCACCAUCCAUGACUGAGUUAAGUUGCAAGCUUUAAUUUAAACUUUUAUUUGCUGUUGGUAUAGAUGUCCUAAUAAAGCAUGGCUGCUCUGUUGAAAAA